GGUUACUCGAUCUGUCGAUCAAAAGGCAAGGUAAGCAGAGACGCAGGAGUACAAUUUUCAUCGACAAUUAAGAGGAUCGAUCGACCAUGGAGCCAUCUUCUUCUUCUUCAGUCGGAGCAGCAGCCGUGGUAAUCCUGGCCAUCAUGUGCUGCUCCCUGCCAUGCUCCAUGGCCGUCGAAGUUAAAGGAAGCCAUGUGGGGCCGCGUCCUCCGGCGCCGACGGGCCACCCGGCACCGCAUGAAUGCUGGGGUUGCGCGCCGCCGCCGCUGCCGCCGCCGGCACUUGCUGCCGCGGCGCCGCACCGCAAGACCCUGCAGCAGCAGCAGCAGCAGCAGCCGCCGCCUGUCCCUUACGUAUGAUCAAAACACUAGCACUGAUUGUGUAAAGACGAAGUUGUUUUCUGUUUGUAAUUAAGGCUAUUCGGGCGGCCCUUAUAUAAUUGGGGGCUUUUACUUUGUUGUAUUCUGGCCCCGCUAGCUGAGCUUUCUCUAGCCCUCACCACACAGUUGGGCCAUCUUUCUUUUGUUGUAUUUUGCAAUAUAGAACGACAUUUAAAAACGAAGAAGUGCUUCUUCUGUUUUACUCCUGGUAUAAAAAGAUCUGAGAGAUAUGCUUUGUUUAA